GUUCUAUGAUUUUAUGCUCUCAUCUGUUGUAAUUAAUUUUUGCCCCUUUAUUUCUGAGACACCAGUGCAAACUGGGAAUGUGCUUUCCUUCUCCUGUGCUCUGUUACAAAGGUCCCUUCCUAACCCAAACCAUUCUGUGAUUCUAUGAAGCUGAUGGUUCAGGAUGUCUUGGUGUGACCCUUGAGCUUCAUUUGCUGGGAUGCUGAACCUCAAUGACUUCUUCUGCCUCUUCAAACAGCCAGAAGAGGAGAGUGAGAAUAAGAGCAUCUCCCACUGGAGCCUGCCCGGUGGGGGGAAGAAAGAGGCCCCCAUUGUCUGCCUGCCCUACAGUCAGCAGCAGUUGCUCCAGCAGCUGGGCUGCCCCUCGGGGCCAGGACACGGCUCCGUAUAUAAGGGAAGGAGCAGAGUGUUCCCUUUGAUCCCUCUGCCCGGUGGCUUCCCUGGGAAGCAGGACCCGUCCCUGCCCCUCUGCAGACCCAGCGCGAUGCCACUCAAGAAACCCGAGCCGAAGAAAGAAGGAGGCAGAGCAGCUCCAGCCCUGGAGCUUUCCAAGGAACCUGCCUUUGACCCCAAGAGCGUGAAGAUCGAGUUCACCACUGAGCAGAUCGAAGAGUUCAAAGAAGCCUUCAGCCUGUUUGACCAGACCCCCACGGGAGCCAUGCAGGUCACCUACGCCCAGUGCGGGGACGUCCUGCGGGCCCUUGGCCACAACCCCACCAACGCGGAGGUGCUGAAGGUGCUGGGCAAGCCCAGGCCAGAAGAAAUGAACACAAAGGUGCUGGACUUCGAGACCUUCCUGCCCAUCCUGCAGCACUUCACCCGCAACAAGGAGCAGGGGACCUUUGAGGACUUUGUGGAGGGGCUGAGGGUCUUCGACAAGGAGGGCAACGGGAUGGUGAUGGGGGCUGAGCUGCGCCAUGUGCUGGUCACGCUGGGGGAGAAGAUGACAGAGAACGAGGUGGAGCAGCUCAUGGCAGGGCAAGAAGAUGCCAAUGGCUGUAUCAACUAUGAAGCUUUUGUCAAGCACAUCAUGUCUGGCUAAAAGAAGAAACUUCAGGCUCCUGGAAAUGUUUGAACCCACCUGAGCACCAUGAAUGGGGAGAUUCCUCCAUCCAUGGCCCUUUCUCCCUGGACAUUGUGCCUCUGCUUGGCAUGAGCCACCAUGAAGAGUUGGCCUCCAGGUGUGCCCAAGCCUUGGUGCACCAUGAGACCCCUGCAGCUGGGUUUAAAACCUUAAGUUAUUCUUUUCAGGCUUUUCCUGUCACAUUUGGCUCAUUAAAUUUCAUU